AUGGAGAACACCACAGAAGUGACCCAGUUCAUCCUUCUAGGACUGACCAAAGACACAAACCUACGAGUCCCACUUAUAAUGAUGUUCAUGCUCAUAUAUGCCAUAAAUGCCAUCGGGAACCUGGGAAUGAUCACGUUGAUUAUUUUGGACACUCGUCUCCACACGCCCAUGUACUUCUUCCUCAGUAACCUGUCCCUCAUAGACUUCUGUUACUCUACAGCUGUCUUCCCUACAGCCAUGGCUGGGUUACUCAUAGGAGACAAGGUCAUCUCUUACAAUGCAUGUGUGGCUCAGAUGUUCUUUUUUGCAGUCUUUGUCACGGGGGAAGUUUACAUCUUGGCUGCAAUGGCCUUUGACCGCUAUGCAGCCGUGUGCAAACCCCUGCAUUACACCACCAUCAUGACCACAGGUGUGUGUGCCUGUCUGGCCACAGUCUGCUAUGUUGCUGGUUUCCUGAAUGGCUCCAUCCAAGUUGGGGAAGCUUUCAGCGUCACUUUCUGCAGCAACAAUGUGGUCCAUCACUUUUUCUGUGAUGUUCCAGCAGUCAUGUCUCUCUCUUGCUCUGAUAAACAUUUUGGCGAAAUGGUUCUUCUUUAUGUAGACACCUUCAAUGUCUUUUCUUCUCUUCUGGUUAUCUUUGUAUCCUACAUAUUCAUUUUUAUCAGCCUCCUAAAGAUGCGCUCAUCUGCAGGCUAUCAGAAGGCUGUGUCCACCUGUGCUUCUCACGUCACCGCCAUCACCAUCUUCUUUGGGACACUCAUGUUCAUGUACUUACAGCCCGGCUCCAGCCAUUCCAUGGAUACAGACAAAAUGGCGUCUGUGUUUUAUACAUUGGUCAUCCCCAUGCUGAACCCUAUAGUCUAUAGCCUGCGGAAUAAGGAGGUCAAGAAUGCAAUCAAGAAGUUGGGUGAGAAGGCAAAAUUGUCUCUGGGAUUAUGA